AUGCAUAAUCAAUCAUUAAAUACAAACAACAAUAAAUUUCUAUAUAUAUUCGGAUUAAUAACAUUAAUUUAUAUCGCAACAACAUCUUAUAUUAUGAUAGAAACUGAAAAAAAAGAACAAGAAGAGAAAUUAAAAUUAGAACAGCAACAAAAAGAAAGAGAAAAAGAAAAGCAAGUGAAAAUAGAAGAGAAGGAACAAAAAGAAGAAAAAAAAGAAUUUAAUAAACCAAAACAAAUGAAUUCAAAAGAAGAUGUUGAAUUUAAAGAUGAAAAUAAUAGUGAUAAUCAAGAGGUAAUAAAUAAUGAAAAUCAUGACACUGAAGAAAACGGCGAAGAAGGAGGUGAAAGCGAGGAAUGUGAUCAAGAAGAAAAUGGCAUUGAAGAAGAUGAGGAAGAGUACGAGGGUGAGGAGGAAAGUAUUGAACAAUUCAGUAUGUUUGGUGUUUCAAUCGAAAAAUUAAUGGAGUUUCAACAGCAAGAAGAUGCAGAAAAUGGUGAGGAUAUAGAUGAACAAGAUGAAUCAAAUAGAGUACCAAUUGUGUUAAGUUUUAUGUUGGAUAGAAUUAAAAAUUUAAAUGGUUUUGAAACAGAGGGAUUGUUCAGAGUUAAUGGUAAUUUAAAAUUAGUAGAACAAUUAGCAACGGAAGGAUUCGACCCAUUUAGUGAUGAUUUGGAUACCAAUGUUCAUACAUGGGCAUCACUAUUAAAGAAAUGGAUUAGAGACUUACCAGAGCCAAUAAUACCUUCAGAAUUAAAUCAAACCAUUAUGGAAAUAUGUAAUAAUAAAAAUUUUAAUAUAAAUAGUUGUAAUAGUAGCAUUAGCAGUAGUAAUAGUUGUGAAAUAGAAAAAAUUGAAGAAACAAUAAGGAGUAUUUUAGAAAUGGUAAAACCAGAUGAACAUAAAUUUGUAUUAUAUAGAAUAGGUUUAUUUUUUGGUGAAAUGUUACAAGAUGAAAAUGUUCAAAAAACCAAAAUAACAAUUGAAAAUUUAUCUAAAAUUAUAACACCAUCUUUGUUCAAACCAAUUGAUUUAGAAAAUGGAAGCGGAAAUAAUCAAUUACCAAAAUUUGCAUCUGCUUUGGAUUUUUCAAAUAUAAUGUCAAAGCAAAAAAAAGAAAUCGAAUUUGUACAAUUACUUUUAAUUUAUUUUAAAUAUGAAUAUUUCAGAAAUUUACAACUCGAAAAAGAAUUUAAAAAUAGUAAUAUAAAUGAUGAAGAAAUUGGAGAUCAAGAAGAAGAAGAGGAAGAUGAAGAAGAUCAAAAAGAAUAAAUUAAAAAAUAAAUUAAAAUAAAAUAGUAAUAAAAAAUAAAAUAGUUUUAC